CAGGGGGCGCCACACUCCAACUGCAGGGCGAAAAGCACACAUGACAAAAGCAGUAGGGAGGUCCACCAACAAACAACCCCCCCGGGAAGCACAUUCACUCAUUCCUACAAACGCGAAACCCAAAUGGGCAAUCUUGUCGUCGUCAAUUUUACUUGCCCUUUCCUUCGCCAACCCCUCCGUCCCACUCCUCCCCCCAGACAGAAACCAAUACUACAGUCAUUAUCGCCCACAUUCUUCUCUCCUAUUUGCGAAAAAAGAAAAUCAGAACGAGUGUCGCCCCCGCCCCCUUAUUUUUGCAGAUUUGCGGCACCCCCGGAAACCACCCUCGACGUACCCGCAGAAAUGUUGCUCCUGACGUUUUUGGCCAUCCGGCACCGGGGCCGCCGAGAAGUUGGGAGGGAGGAAAGAACGGAGACCCACAGACCUCUUACGCAGGGCGGGAACGGAGAGGGCAGGAGUAGAGAAGCCGGUUGGGAGGGAAAUCAUGUGUCAGUUCGAAAAACGGACAUACAAACAGGCUGCCUGCUCUGCAGACAGGACUGUUGGGGGCGACGGCCGUUCACCAAGCCCUACCACAAGAGGAAAGGGGGGAGGGUCUGGGCUGCAGCCGCUUCUCCCUCGGCUGGCGAUCAAGGAAAACGGGUCACUCUCUUGGCGGUUAUACCAUACAUAAUACACACAGCAAGUCGCGGGUUUGGGCGUGGUUGGGCUCUGUACGAUAAUUAGGGGGCUCGGCACAACAUGACACCAGAAUGGACAGACAGAUGGAGAAUAGACUCCCCAUACGCCAGUGCAUAGAAUCAAGCAAAACAAGCUGGUCACGA